AUGGAACUCAAUCACUCCAAUCUUGUGGUCAACCAAUCGACGUCAAGCUAUUCUCCACAACUUUUCCCAUCAUUCCUUUUCAGCCUCGUUAUCAACUCGUGUCUCAGCACGCUCCUGGGAAUCAUGGGAAUGAUAGCUAACGCCAUCAAUAUGGCUGUCUUCAUCAAGCAAGGAUUGAACAGCUCCAUCAACAUCAGCUUCUUCACCAUCGCCAUGUCGGACAUGUUGAGGAUCGUCUGCAUACAGUGGGCGAACAUUUGUUUUAACCCUUACAUUGACAACGCCGGGGCGCCGAUUUACUUCACGGACCUGUAUGGCAUUACUGGGGCGUUGACGUCAGGCUUCGGGUGCCGCGUGACGCUGUGGGUGAUCGUCUACAUAACAGCAGAGCGAUGUCUCUGUAUUCUGUUUCCGCUGACAAUUAAAAAUAUCAUCACUACGACAAGGUCAAGGAUAAUUAUUGUGAUGAUUACUUUCUUUAACUCAUUGACUCUGAUUCCAGAAUAUUCGACCAUGUAUUUGACCUGGAAGUAUAACAAAGACAGAAACAUGACUUUCUUAGGAGUUGCUUUCAACAGCAACAGAGCGCAGACGCAGGGCCUUUCAUUUCUCAUGCACGUCAUUCUUGUCGUCAUCGGCCUGUGCUGUGUGAUCGUACUGACGUCAAUCCUCGUCAUACAUCUUCGACGUCAAACAAAAUGGAGGAUGAAGAACAGCGCAGAGAGCAAGCAGCGCUCCUCCGUGUCGUCACGUGACCGGAAGUCGGAGGUGUUGGUGGUCACCGUGGCCACUUCUAUGGUCAUCUCUUACAUUCCGCUGACCUGCACUUCACUGGUCACCGUGUUUAUGCCAGACUUCUACAUGGGUGGGAAAUAUUACAGUAUAUUCAGAGACACCUGGGCCAUGAUAUUUUUAUUUGGUAUUAUGAACUCGAGUACCACUAUAAUCAUUUAUUAUAAAAUGAACUCGAAAUAUAGAAACACGUUUCAGGAAAUAUUCUGUUCAAAGAUCAAAAACAUUAAAGCAUAA